CCUGCACAUAUACCUGCCCCUCACUGCACCCCCAUCGCAACUUUGGUGUCAGAAAGGGGGCACAGGGCCAGACAGAUCCUCGGGACUUUGGCUCCAUUUCUACAAAAGGGCACUUUCUGAGUCAGCCUGCUCCCCUCCAGGCUUGCUCCUCCCCCACCCAGCUCCUGUUUCCAAUGCACGUACAGCCCGUACACACCCGUGCACACCGUGCCCCGGAACACCCCACAGUCAGCCACAUGGCUCCCCUAUGCCCCUGUCUCUUGUUCCCUCUGUGGAUCCCGUUUCCAGCUUCAGGUCCUGCUGUGCAACUGCUGCUGUUACUGCUGGUCCUGCAGCCUGUCCAUCCUCAGGACCAGGCCCAGACGCAAGGGACUCCGCUCGUGGGAGGAGAUUCAUCUGGGGAAGAUGCUCCUCUGGGCAAGGAGGAUCUGCCCAGUGAAGAGGAUCCACCCAGACAGGAAGACCCACCUGUACUGAAGACUGAGCCAGGAGAAGAGGACACUCUGAAGAUAGAAGAUCUACCUACCAAGGCUCCUGGGGACACUCAGGACACCAAGAAUAAUGCACACAGAGACCACAAAGGGGGUGACCACAGUCACUGGCGCUAUGGAGGCGGCCCGUCCUGGUCCCAGGUGUCGGCAGACUGCGCUGGGCGCUUCCAGUCCCCCGUGGAUAUCCGCCCCGAGCUCGCCGCCUACUGUCCCGCCCUGCGACCUCCGGAGCUCCUGGGCUUCGAGCUCCCGCCUCUCCCAGAGCUACGUCUGCGCAACAAUGGCCACACUGUGCAGCUGACUCUGCCUCCCGGGCUGGAGAUGGCCCUGGGUCCUGGGCGGGAGUACCGAGCCCUGCAAUUGCAUCUGCACUGGGGAUCUGCCGACCACCCGGGCUCAGAGCACACGGUUGGUGGCCACCGCUUCCCUGCCGAGAUCCAUGUGGUUCACCUCAGCACUGCAUUUAGCAAAGUUGAGGAGGCCUUGGGGCGCCCUGGGGGCAUAGCUGUGUUCUCCGCCUUUCUGCAGGAGGGCCCAGAGGAAAAUAGCGCUUAUGAGAUUUUGCUGUCACAUUUGCAAGAAAUCGCAGAGGAAGAUUCCGAGACGUGGGUCCCAGGACUGGACAUAUCUGCACUGCUACCCUCUGACCUCAGGCGCUACUUCCGAUAUGAGGGGUCUCUGACCACACCCCCUUGUUCCCAGGGGGUCAUCUGGACUGUGUUCAACCAGACAGUGAGGCUGAGUGCUAAGCAGCUCCAUACCCUUUCUUCCUCCCUGUGGGGACCUGAUGACUCUCGGCUACAGCUGAACUUCCGGCCUGCACAGCCUUUGAAUGGGCGAGUGAUCGAGGCCUCUUUUCCUGCUGAAGUGGACAGAACCUCUAGGACUGUUGAGUCAGUCCACCUGAACUCCUCCUGCCUUGCUGCUGGUGACAUCCUUGCCGUGGUUUUUGGCCUUCUCUUUGCUGUCACUAGCAUCCUCUUCCUUGUACAAAUGAGAAGGCAGCAAAGAAGAUUCCAAAGCGGGACCAAAGGGAGUGCCAGCUACCACCCAGCGGAAGUCACUGAAACAGCCGCCUAGAGGGCUGCAACCUGGAGAAUGUGCAGAGAAGCAGCCAGAGGAUUCUGAGGGGCAGCUAGAGACAUUGUCUUACCCCUUAUACCACUUUCUUUUUAACCUCCAAAGAUUUUUUUAAAUAAAUGUUUCUA